AUGGCUGGUGUGGCAGAGGCAGCGACCUCCGGGGGCCACCUGAAUGGCGACUUGGACCUGGACGACAGGGAGGAGGGUGCUGCCUCUAUGAAUGAGGAGGCAAUGAAGAAAAAAAGACGGAAGAAGAAUAGUCUGGCGUUUCCUACUGGGUGUUCUCUCAAUAACUGUGUGGUCCACUAUACUCCCAAUGCCGGUGACACAACAGUGUUACAGUAUGAUGACAUCUGUAAGACAGACUUUAGAACACAUAUAAGUGGUAGGAUUAUUGAUUGUGCUUUUACAGUCACUUUUAACCUCAAAUAUGAUACAUUAUUAAAAGCUGUAAAAGAUGCCACUAAUACUGGAUUAAAGUGUGCUGGAAUUGAUGUUUGUCUGUGUGACGCUGGUGAGGCUAUACAAGAAGUUAUGGAAUCCUGUGAAGUUGAAAUAGAUGGGAAGACAUAUCAAGUGAAACCAAUCCGUAAUCUAAAUGGACAUUCAAUCGGGCCAUAUAGAAUACAUGCGGGGAAAACAGUGCCCAUUGUGAAAGGAGGAGAGGCAACAAGAAUGGAGGAAGGAGAAGGGUAUGCCAUUGAAACCUUUGGUAGCACAGGAAAAGGUGUGGUUCAUGAUGAUAUGGAAUGCUCCCAUUACAUGAAAAUUUUUGAUGUUGGACAUGUGCCAAUAAGGCUCCCAAGAACAAAAUAUUUGCUGAAUGUCAUUAAUAAAAACUUUGGCACCCUCGCUUUCUGCCGCAGAUGCCUGGAUCGCUUGGGAGAAAGUAAAUACUUGAUGGCUCUAAAAAACAAGGUUUUGAAUCUAGGCAUUUUGAAUCCAAAUCCCAAAGUCUUAACCACUAAAGAAAAUCAUCAAGUGUCCCCAUUAAGCCACAAUUAUCUAAAUGGCUUCUUGAUCCUGUGA